CGUGAUAAUAGUACUAAAUGUGUAUAAUUAAUACAUACAAAUAAAAAUGCAUAUACUGGGUCAGUUCUCUUUGACAGUUCACUGCUGUCUCUAGCUCGUACCGGCUCAGUUCAUUAGGGUGAAACUGUUUUGCCGCUUUGUCCAAACUGGGGUCACAUUAACUAACCGACUAUAACUGAUCACUGUAUUAAUUAUAAUCAGUCACACACACACCCCUCACACCAGCCGUGUCCACGCGCGCGCAUAAAAGCUCCCCCUCCUCUCUGCUCGUCCCGGUCGCUGCCGCUAUCAACACCAACAAACACCGCGCCUCGCCUCGUCUCCUCCGAUAGCGACGCCGCCGCCGCCGCCGCCACCGACGCCGGGAGUGACAGCGAGUGAGAUCGUCAUGAUGGAUCACCUGAGCCUGGUGCCCUACGAGGGCGGCAGCGCCGGCGGGGGAGGAGGUGGAGGGAAGUACAAGGAGUGCAUGCGGAACCACGCGGCGGCGAUGGGCGGGCAGGCGUUCGACGGGUGCGGGGAGUACAUGCCGGCGUCGCCCGACUCGCUCAAGUGCGCCGCGUGCGGCUGCCACCGCAGCUUCCACCGCCGCGCCGCCGCGGGCAUCGGCGGCGGGCCGGUGUUCUUCCGCCCGCCGCCACCGCCGCAGCCGCACUCGCACCACGCCGCGCUGCAGGGCUUCCUCCCGUCGUCCGUGCCGGCGCCGGCGCCGCCGCCGCAGCUCGCGCUGCCGUACCACGCCGUGCCCGCCGCGGCGUGGCACCACGCGGCGGCGGCGGCGGCAGGCCGCGCCGGCUCGGAGACGCCCCCGCGGAUGGACGACUUCGGCCCCGGCAGCGCCGGCGGGAGCGGGAGCGGCGGCGGCGGCAUCUUCGGGCGGAAGCGGUUCCGGACCAAGUUCACGCCGGAGCAGAAGGAGCGGAUGCGGGAGUUCGCCGAGAAGCAAGGGUGGCGCAUCAACCGCAACGACGACGGCGCCCUGGACCGCUUCUGCGUCGAGAUCGGCGUCAAGCGCCACGUCCUCAAGGUCUGGAUGCACAACCACAAGAACCAGCUCGCCUCCUCCCCGACCUCCGCCGCCGCCGCCGCCGCCGGCGUCAUGAACCCCGGCGCCGGCAUCGGCCUCGGCACCGGCCUCGGCACCGGCAUCAGCGGCGACGGCGACGGCGACGACGACGACACCGACGACUCCCCGCCCCGCGCCGCCGUGUCCUCCCCCUCCCCUUCACCGAUCAGCGUCUAGCUAGACAGCCAGACACACUGUCACUGGCACACACUAGCUUAGCCUUAGCCUAGCUUAGCUUAGCUAGCUAAUGAGUUCACUUAAUCACUAGGGUUUAAUUAGCUCUAAUUCAACUAGCAAUAUCCCAUGGAUUAAUUAGCCGCUAGUCGCUCAGUUCCGCGUUAAUUAAUUAAUGACCCACUUCCCUCCUGCCCCCCGCACCGCGGCCGUGGUAAGCUAAUGGAGGUCAUAUCUGUAAUUUCUCCCCCCACUAGUACUACUCUGCUGUAGUAGUAGUAGCUGCUGCUGCACUGUCUCAUCUCAUUUUCAGUCGUAGUACCACUGAUUGCAUUGCAGUGACUAA